CGUUUCUGUCAGUUGACUCGAGAAGAGAUGACACCGGUUAUUUGACGUCAGCAGCUGAUCGCUUGCUGUUAUAUCUCUGUCAUGAUGAACACGCAUCUCAUAUGUGUUUAAUUUAAACUACAGCUCCGAUUAAAUACCUCCGGGGAAUUACGAGUUAAGACACAUUUGGUUAAAUUCACAUGGUGUUAUUUUUAUUGCAGUAGCAUAGCACCCUCUGUCGUAAGCCUAGCUAUUUGUUGACGCUAUGCUGAACGGUGUUGAAACUACCUCGUUGCGUACAGUGGGAUGCUUCCCAACUUAGUUCAGACUGACUGUCGGUCUCCGUUUGACUUGUACGAGAUGGAGGGUGAUGAGGGGGAUGACGGAUCGGCCGGGACCCCCGAUCUUCCUCUUGAGAUGAUCGUGCACAUUUUCAGUUUCCUGCAUUCUUGGGACAGAAGGGAAGCUUCAGCCGUCUGCCAGAGCUGGUACCAAGCUAGCCAAGACCCCCGGUUUCAGAAGAACGUGAGCUUCCAGUUCCCUGCGUCGGCGUCCGCCGUGGCUGUGAUCCGGCAUCUGGGUCGCGGGUCUCGCUGCAGUCUGGUCAUCAGCCAGCUGGAUGGAUCCAGCCUGUCAAAGACGCUGCUCACAGAGGUGGGCCAUUGGCUGGGCCCCACCCUGGAGGGCUUGUCCCUGCCUGGGGCCAGCCUGACGGAGUCCUCCUUGCUGGCCCUGCUGCCUCGCCUCUCCAGCCUGCGACGUCUGGACCUCAGCGGCCUGGACAGCCUCUUCAUGUCCGGGGCCUUCCUGUCCAGGGAGGAGCAGCGGGAUCAGGUGCGCUCUGCGCUGUGUGGCCUGGAGGAGCUGGACCUCUCUCACCUGCGCUACCUGUCGGACCUCACCUUCAACCGGCUGACCUACUGCACGCCCCGCCUGCGCCGCCUGGCGCUGGCCGGCUGCCACAUCGCCUUCGAGUUCGACCCGUACCGGGGCUACCCCGCGGGGGGCGCCCGGGACUCGUCGGCGCUGCUCUCCCUGAGGAACCUGCGGCGGCUGCUGGCGGAGCAGAGCUCCACGCUGACGGCUCUGGACCUCAGCAGGACCUCCAUCACACCCCAGUCGCUACGCACCGUGGCUCAGGUGGAGGGCCUCCGUCUGGAGGAGCUGAGCCUCCAGGGCUGUAAGGAGCUGACGGACUACUCUGUGGAGGUCCUCCUGCAGCACCAGCCCGGCCUGCUCAGGCUGGACCUGAGUGGCUGCACCGAGCUCACCAGCCGGGGCCUGCAGGCGGUGUCCCGGGCCCUGAAGGGCCUCCAGCACCUCUCCAUGUGCCGCGACUGGAGGAUCACCGAUAAAGGUGUGGCCGAGCUGGCGUCCAUGCCGUCACUGAAGAGCCUGGAGCUGUCCGAGUGUACCCACCUGACUGGGGCCCCGCUGGUCAAGGGCCUCUCGGGCCCCAGGGCGGCCCAUCUGGAGAGUCUGGCCCUCAGGAGCUGCACCAGCAUCAGAGAUGUGGAGAUGUCCUCCUUGGCCCAGCUGUGUGGCGGCAGCCUGCAGCAGCUGGACCUGACCUCGUGCGUCUACCUGACGGACCUCUCUGUGAACGCCAUCGCCACCUACCUGCACCGGCUGGUGGUGCUGCGGCUGGGCUGGUGCAAGGAGAUCACCGACUGGGGACUGCUGGGGCAGAAGACCCCCACCAGAGAGAGAGAGUCAGAGGGGGAGACGGGUCCCUGCUUCACCAGGACCUUCGGCAACAUGGGCUUCUUCCGGCCCCCCAAGAGUCCGUUCCCGGUGCGGCCCGUGGCGGGGGAGCCCCCCCCCCCCGUGGAGCAGAGCGGGGCCGGCCUGCUGGCCCUCAGCCAGCUCCAGGUUCUGGACCUGACCGCCUGCUGCCUGCUCACCGACACCAGCAUCGCACAGGUGCUGUGUCAUCCAGAACUCCAACGCUUGUCUCUGUCUCUACUGACCGAGAUCAGCGACGCCAGCCUGGCCGCGGUCGCCAGGAACUGCCCCAGCCUGACCAGUCUUUCACUCAGCCACUGUAGACGAAUCACAGAUGCAGGGGUAGCCAAGGCCACGCCCUACUUGGGCAGACUGCAGCACCUCUCGCUCUCACACUGUGAGAACCUCACAGACAGAUCCCUGCUGUGCCUGGUGCAGCACUGCAGGAGGUUGAGGACUCUGGACGUCUCGGUGUGCAAAGGAAUCUCCAUCAGCGCCGUGGACCGCCUCCACUCACAACUCACCUUCUUGGAAAAUGUCAACUGCCGUUUUGUGGGCGGGGUUGACCUCACUCUUACCCUUUGAUUGGCCAGCUCCCGUUGUAUUUAUUUUUUCUUCUAGCUAUUCAGGGUCACAACAAAACUCUCUUCCGCUCCAGAAUUGAAUUUGUCUGAGUUUCUAGGUAAAAAAAAUAAUGGCGAAAUGUAAUCAUCUUUUUGUGGAAUUUACAACUAAAGUAAGACAUAUUUUUUAACUU